AUCACACCCUAAACCCUAACCUACAUCGCCCGCCGCCCUUCUCAUCUUCCUCUUCUUCUUUUUCCUUCUCCGUCCUCUCACUUUUUGCCUCUUCAAUUCUUCCUUCUUCUUCUUCACCCAUCGCUUUAUAUUCGCGCCAGAGUUGCCAUUGUUUCUCCACAGCCAGCCAGCACCGUUCACGAUUUCACACCAAGGUUUGAAAAUAAUAAAUAAAUUAAAAGAAAAAAAAAAUCCGAACCGCCGGUUUACUGUUCCGCAUAACUGGAAACGACGGUUCCGGUUUAAACCGGACAAGCGGUUCGCCGGUUUCGAACUGGGCAAGCCUAAUUAACCUUCCCUCUCCGCCUCCCUUUGCUGCGGACUUCGUCUUCAACCACACUAGACCAACUUGCCACAUUUGCUUGUGUCUUCUUCAUCAACGAGCCAUAGGAUUCGAUUGGCAAUUCUUACUCCAAAACAAUGCUGUUGGUAGAUCCCACCAAGAAACUAUCCUAUAAUCGUCGAAUAAUGGAUGGAGACCUAGUUAUUGUAUAUGAGAGAUACAAUAGUAUGAAGCCGGUCAAGGUUUCGGCUGGCGGUGUUCUGCAGAACCGCUUUGGUCUGUUCAAGCAUUCAGAUUGGAUCGGAAAGCCGUUUGGAUCAAAGGUUUUCAGCAAUACAGGGGGAUAUGUGUAUCUGUUAGCACCGACUCCUGAGCUGUGGACUUUGGUGUUGAGUCACAGGACGCAAAUUUUAUACAUCGCCGAUAUUAGUUUUGUGGUUAUGUACUUGGAGUUAGUUCCUGGUUGUGUGGUUCUUGAGUCGGGGACUGGGAGCGGAUCCCUGUCCACCUCGCUUGCUCGUGCAGUUGCGCCAACCGGCCAUAUUUACACAUUUGAUUUCCAUGAACAGAGAGCCGCAUCUGCUAGGGAGGAUUUUGAAAGAACGGGAUUGAGUAGCUUGGUGACGGUGGGAGUAAGAGACAUUCAAGGUGAGGGCUUUCCCGAUGAAUUUACGGGGCGCGCCGAUUCUGUUUUCCUCGACCUACCUCAACCUUGGCUAGCCAUUCCAUCAGCUGCAAAAAUGCUGCAGCAAGACGGCGUGUUGUGCUCAUUCUCACCGUGCAUCGAGCAAGUGCAAAGAUCAUGUGAAACCUUAAAGUCACAUUUCACAGAGAUAAGAACGUUCGAAAUUCUCCUCCACACGUAUGAAGUUCGCGAAGGGGAAUUAGGGAGCUGGCAAGAUGGCGGCCGGGGAUCUGUUAAAAGUUGCAAAAAGAGGCAACGAUCUACUACAACAAAUAGCGAGGAAAAUCCGGGGACUCGAACGAUCUUGGCGCGCCUCAAUAGUGAGGCUAAAGGUCAUACGGGAUACUUGACAUUUGCCAGGCUCAAGUGCACCUCGUGAGUAAGUCGAUUUUUCUUACUUAUGUAUAACUUAUGAUUUUUUGGUUUUGAAGAGGAAGAUAAUGGAUAUAAUAAAUUGUGGUAAAAGUUAUUCA